UGUGUGUGUGUGUGUGUACUGAGCAGAGGUGAAGAAGAGGAGGAUGAAGCUGGGAACGGAGGAUGGGAGGAAGAGUGGAAUAAGCGACAGGCUAGCUAUCAAGGGCUGUGUAUGCAUGCCUGCAAGUGUGAAUGCGUGAGUGAGGAAGAGGGAGGUGGUUAUCGGACUGAAACAAAGACGCAUUUUGGAACCCCGAAACAUUAACGGAAACUUUAAACUUUUACCAGCAAGAGCUUGGCUACUGUGCCGGGUCCCGGCUUUGUUUCGAGGCAGGGGAGGUUUACAAUAAAUGCAGGGAUAAAAUAGCCCCAGAUCGAAAAAAAAUUACGCAAGAGGGGAAUCCCUUGGAUAGUGUUUGUUGGGGGUAACGAGAGAAUGGCGGCCAACAUGUACCGAGUGGGAGAUUACGUGUACUUUGAGAAUUCCUCCAGCAACCCUUACCUGAUCCGCAGAAUAGAAGAGCUCAACAAGGUUGGUGGAAUAAUCGGUCCUUCACAUCUAACCUCUGAUUUGACGGCCAAUGGGAACGUGGAAGCCAAGGUGGUGUGUCUGUUUCGGAGGAGGGACAUCUCGGGCAACCUCAACACUCUGGCCGACAGCAACGCAAGAGACUUUGAGGAGGAGUCCAAGCAGCCCACAGUGUCUGAACAGCAGAAACACCAGCUGAAACACAGAGAACUCUUCCUCUCUCGGCAGUUUGAGUCUUUACCAGCCACUCACAUAAGGGGGAAAUGUAACGUUACACUCCUCAACGAAACAGACGUCCUCGCCGGAUACCUGGAGAAAGAGGAGUGUUUCUUCUACUCGCUGGUGUUUGACCCGGUCCAGAAGACCCUGCUGGCGGACCAAGGAGAGAUUCGGGUGGGCUCCAAGUACCAGGCCGAGAUCCCCGACAAGUUAGCCGAAGGUGAAGAAGACACCCGUAUUCAGGAGAAGCUGGAGGUCAAGGUGUGGCACCCCGACAACCAGCUCAAAGACCCACAGAUCGACCAGUUUCUGGUGGUGGCUCGUGCUGUGGGGACGUUUGCCCGAGCCCUGGACUGCAGCAGCUCUAUCCGUCAACCCAGCCUGCAUAUGAGUGCUGCGGCCGCCUCCCGAGACAUCACGCUGUUCCAUGCGAUGGAUACCCUGCAGAAGAACGGCUACGACCUCGCCAAGGCCAUGUCCACGCUGGUGCCGCAGGGCGGGCCCGUGCUCUGCCGUGACGAGAUGGAGGAGUGGAGCGCCUCGGAGGCCAUGCUGUUCGAGGAGGCCCUUGAGAAGUAUGGCAAGGACUUCAACGACAUCCGCCAGGACUUUUUGCCGUGGAAGUCACUAGCCAGCGUGGUUCAGUUCUACUACAUGUGGAAAACCACCGACCGCUACAUUCAACAGAAACGACUCAAGGCAGCGGAAGCAGACAGCAAGCUGAAGCAGGUUUACAUCCCCACCUACACCAAGCCCAACCCCAACCAGAUCAUGGCUCCUGGUAACAAGCCUGGCAUGAACGGGGCCGCUGGCUUCCAGAAAGGACUGAGCUGUGAGAGCUGCCGUAAUCUCCCCUCUGUUGCAGCCGCCCAGUCAGCACAGUGGUACGCGUGGGGUCCUCCCAACAUGCAGUGCAGACUGUGUGCAUCCUGCUGGAUCUACUGGAAGAAGUACGGAGGCCUGAAGACCCCCACACAGCUAGAGGGCGCCGCAAGAUCUGGCUCAGAGUCAACCCCCCGAGGUCACAUGACCCGCCAGGAAGUGCAGGGCCUGUCACCGUUCACGACUAGUGGGGGGCGGGCCAAGCUGCUGGCCAAAAACCGCCAGACGUUCAUCCUGCAGACCACCAAGCUGACGCGCAUCGCCCGCCGCGUCUGCACCGACAUCCUGCAGCCCCGCAGCGCCGCACGCCGCCCCUACGCCUCCAUCAACGCCAAUGCCGUCAAGGCCGAGUGUAUGAUAAGGCUGCCUAAAGCGACCAAGGCCCCUAUAAAGAACUGCUCGAUCCCUCGACCACCGCUGGCCACCAUAGUGAAGGAACUGGCCAUCCAGGCUCCACUCAAGCUGAAGGCCCCCAGAGGCACCCCCACCCCCAUCAACCGCAACCAGGCCAACCAGCCCCGCGGGGGAUCGGCCCUGCUCGGGAAGAGGCCCUUUGACAGCAGCGCGUUGGCACUGCCGUUCCCCACCAAUGGGAGGCCGUUCACAUCAGGCAUGAGGACCACCUCUCAGUCAGUGAUCAAGCGUCAGAAAGUGAACCAAGGAGACGCGCCAAACCCUGUGGUUUUUGUUGCUACUAAAUACACCAGGGCUCUGAGGAAACACCUGACCCAGUCUGAGAUGCGGCGGGCAGCCAGGAAACCACACCUCCCCGUCAGGGUCAAGCUGCCCCUGCCUCCCCGGCCCCUGGCUCUAGCCAUCCUGCCCUCCAGCACCAGCGAGCCCAUCGUCCUGGAAGACUAACCCCCCCACUGCGAAACAGGGAGGGCGCACCACCGCGCACCGACCUGCUAGUGUAGCAGCACAACCCCAUACCAGUAGUUGUUUUCUCUCGUCGUAUUUUUUAAAUCUCGUCUUCUGUUCUGUUACCUCCCAAAAGCUGACGUGCUGCUCCCCCCCCCCCCCCCCCCCACACACACACACACACGAGUGACACCCACAUGUAUGCAUUACAUCUAGUACAUGGCAUCAAUUCUUUACACACACACUACGCAUACACUGAGUGUACAAAACAUUAGGAACACCCCCUUUUGCCCUCAGGAACGCCUCAAACCCAGCAGCGUUGCAGUG